CGGGAAGGCGGAGCUUGAGCGAGCCGGGAGGCGGGGCAGAAAGUUCCUACCCACGAGAGGGAAGAAGCAGAGCUUGCUCCUGAGAAGCCAGCUCCCAUGCCAUGAAGAAAUUCAAGCACCAUUCAGAGAGACCGGGCAGGUGGAUGAGCAGCAGUGAAUAUGGCAACUAUGCUGCAGGAGGGUUCAGCACGAAGCCGCUGCGCUGGUGCGGGAUGACGGCCAAAAUGGGCACCGUGCUGUCGGGCGUCUUCACUAUCAUGGCCACCAAAAUGUACCUCAUCUUCGAAGAGAAGCACCUGGGGAACCACAACUGCUUGAAGACCGGCCCCCAGGACAGCGCAGACGACGCCAUCAACGAGUUCAUCAUCUGCCACAGCUGGAAGAUCGUCUUCUACCUGUCGGCCUUCACCAUCCUCGUCAGCGUCUUCCUGCUGUACUCCGUGUACAUCCAGCUCUACAGGGGCCUGAUGACCUACGUCAUCUGGAUCCUCUUCUACGAAACCGUCAACAUCAUCAUCCAAGUGCUCACCAACACCGACCUCAGCCCCACGGAGGUCAGAGUCUUGCGCUGGUUCGGCUUGGUGUCGCGCGCCUUCAUGCACUGCUUCUGGGUGUUCUACGUCAUCGCCUACGCGCACAUCAUCUACAAAACCCAGAGCCAGGGCAACAUCCUUUACUACAACAGACGCAUCUCCAUGGGGGGCGGAGAGGCCCCGCGCCGCAAGUCCAAGAUCAUCAGCUUCAUCCACCACUACAAGGACUAGCGCCGCCCGCCCGCCCGGAGGCCAGGCCGCCUCAGGCUCCGCGGGGCCCGCUCCGUGUUCUUCCCUUUGGUGGGGUGGGGGUGGGGGUGCUCGGUUUUGUGAGCCUCUUGCCACUCUGUCCGGGGAAUGCAGGCAGCAGCUGUGAGUAGGACCCUGCUCCCUGAGGGUGUUCCACUGGAGGACUCUGUCAGGGAGCUAGCCUGGCUCUUAGGUCAGUCCCGCCAAUUGCCUCAAGAGGAGGAGGGCGGGGGAGCAGGGUGCAGCCCCUUUGCUUCGCCAGCCUCCACACCACAGCCGUCUUACACGGAACCCUGACGGGGACAAAUCCAUCCCGUGGCUCAGAUUUCUGUUGAAUGAAGGCUCCGGCUGGUCUCGCGGUGGGUUUGUGCUGUGGUUUUCCCCCUAUGUCUUCUCUGCUACAUUCCAAAUAAGAGAAAGACUAAAAAAUAAAUCAUUUUCAAGCCUUUGUCUUGAGUUCUGCCCGUCUCAGAUGCGUCAGGAAGGACCCAAGGCAGUCAGUGAUUCAGGAGUAAUUCAGACUUCUCUGUGUGUCACCGUGCUGCACACUACAGGGGCACACAGAAAAUACAUAUGGAUGGAGGUGUGACCUUGAGGACUGUGAGGAGUCAGUAAGCCACCCACCCAAGACAGCGUUUGAGCACAUGGUGUCACAGCUCAACAGAACUGUCAGUGCACUUCCGGCUGGGGUGGGGGACUGUUGUACCUGAGCGAUGGCAAACAGAGGAGCACCACACACUGAUAAAAAUUUGAAGGUCUUUCAUUGCCAGAGGUGGAGAGUGGGCUCGUGCCCUAAAGAACUCUCGAGCCUGAAGCCCAAAGCAACAGGGUUUUUAAAGGCAAAAACCACAAAAUCGGGAGGGGAAUACAUGGUUGCUAGGAUCAGGGGGAAUACAUGGUUACCAGGGUCAAGCUGACCUAAAACCUAUGUGAAGCGAGUAUCAAUUAUAAUCUUGACAAUACCAGUUACAAUCUUAACAAUUUCAAUUGUAAUCUUACAUUAAUCCAGGUAUUGGCUUAAAUCAUAUGUAGGACAUAGACAAAUUACAUCUUUAUCAUUAGCCCAGGAGCAGCCUAUCCGCUCCAAGCUUGAGCAAUCAUGCUAGGGGGUUUCUAUGCUCUGCCAAGUGUGAUGGAGGUUGUCAGGUGUGAUGUAGUGGACUACUAUUGUCCGAGUGUUUUAGAUCAUGGUUCUAGACCAGAGUCUCAUGGUGGGGGGAAGGGGAGUGCUUUCUCAAGAUGGAGUCUCAGGUGCUCCAAAAUGGAGUCCCCACUGUCAAGGUGUUACUUCAGGACAAUGGGGGCAUCCUCUGUUUCCAACAUUAGACAUCAUGCUGGGUUUCUGUUUAACAGCUUUCUUGAGGUACAACUGGCAUACAACAGACACAUAUUUAAAGGGUAUAAUGGGACAAGCUUAUUAUUAUUUUUAAAGAUUUUAUUUAGUUAUUUGAGAGGUAAGUUACAGACAGUGAGAGGGAGAGACAGAGAGAAAGGUCUUCCAUCCGCUGGUUCACUCCCCAAAUGGCCGCAACGGCCGGAGCUACGCUGAUCCGAAGCCAGGAGCCAGGAGCCUCUUCUGCCAUCCUCUGCUGCUCUCCCAGGCCAUCAGCAGAGAGCUGGAUGGGAAGUGUAGCAGCUGGGACUCGCACUGGCACCCAGACGAGAUGCUGGCGCCACAGGUGGACACUUAGCCUACUAUGCCACAGCGCCAGCCCCCCUCACCCAGCUUCUCCUAGUGCAUCCCGGAAGACAGAAGACAACGGCUCAAAUCCUCGGGCCGCUGCCACCAGAUGUAGUUCCAGGAUCCUGGCUUUGGCCUGCCCUAACUCCGGUUUUUGUGAACAUUUGGCAAGUGAACCAACAGAUGGAACAUUUCUUUCUCUCUCUGCCUUUCAAAUAAAUAAAACUUAAAGAGAGAACAAAAAGAAAGAAAGAAAGAAAGAAAGAAAGAAAGAAAGAAAGAAAGAAAGAAAGAAAGAAAGAAAGAAAGAAAGAAAGGAAGAAAGAAAGAAAGAAAGAAAAGAUAUGCUUAGGACACCUGCAUAUUGUACGGAAGUGCCUGUGCCCAAGCUCCAGCUUUGCUCCCAUUUCCAGCAUCCUGCUAAUACGCACCCUGGAAAGUGGCCGUGAGGACUCGAGGAGGUGGGCUCUUGCCACCCAAGUGGGAGACCUGGACUGAGUCCCUGGCUCUGGUUUCAGCCUGGCCCUGUAUCAGCUGUUGCAGGCAUUCAGUGAGUGAACCAAUGGAUGGGAUCUCUCUCUCUCUCUCUCUCCCCUUUUACAUUUAUAAAAAUGUAAAUAAAUUUAAGUGUUUUUAAAAAAAGAAAAAAAGGAGGAAUCAAUCUUUCACCAUGGAGUGUGAGAUCAGCUGUGGACUUUGGAAAUAAAACCUUUGUUAGGGCUGGCGCCGCGGCUCACUGGGCUAAUCCUCCACCUGCGGUGCCAGCACUCCGGGUUCUAGUCCUGGUCGGGGUACCAGAUUCUGUCCCAGUUACUCUUCUUCCAAGUCCAGCUCUCUGCUGUGGCCCAGGAGUGCAGUGGAGGAUGGCCCAAGUGCUUGGACCCUGCACCCGCAUAGGAGACCAGGAGAAGCACCUGGCUCCUGGCUUUGGAUCAGGGCAGCACCGGUCAUAGCGGCCAUUUGGGGGGUGAACCAACGGAAGGAUGACCUUUCUGUCUCUCUCUCACUGUCUAACUCUGCCUGUCAAAAACAAACGAACAAACAAAAAACCUUUGUUAGGAAGUAACAAAUUCCCACCUCACUGAUUGCUUAAUCAUGAAAGGUGUUGAAUUUUGUCAAAUGCUUUUCCUGCAUCAAUUGAGGUGCUCACUUUUUCCCUUCAUUCUUGCAGUGGCCAGUGAUGCUUUUUAUAUCUUGUGCCAUCCUUGCAUUUCUAGAAAAAAUAAUACAUGUCACAGUGUAUAAUCUUUAGAGUUUUUAUAUUGCCCAUGUAUACUUAGUUUUUGGAAUAUAUAGAAUACAGUUAUUACUGAGUUAAUAUCCUUGUCUGCAAAUUUAGCAAUCUUGUCCAGGCCAGUGUUGGGGCACAGUGGUUUGGCCACUCCAUUCCACAUCAGAAUGCCCAUUUGAGUCCCUUCCCUGCCACUCUGCUUCUGAUCCAGCUUCCUGUGAAGGCACCUGAGAAGGCAGCAGAUGAAGGCUCCAGUACUCGGGCCCCUGCCACCCAUCCACACAUGUGGGAGAUCAAAAUAGAGCUCCUGGCUCCUGGCUUCCAUUUGGCCCAGUUCUAGCUGUUGUGGCCAUUUGGGUAGCAAACCAGCAGAUGGAAGCACUCUCUCUUUUUCUCCAGCUCUCCUUUUGUCUCUGUUACUCUGCCUUUCAAAUAAAUAAAUCUUAAAAAAAAAAAAAAAAAAAAAAAAAAAAAAAAAAAAAAACAACAA